CAUCACAGACAUGGCUUCUGUGAUUAGCUUCCAUUAGCUGCAGCUUGGACAUGUCAGGCUGCAGCCAAUCACAAGUCACCUGAAGGCACAAAAGCAAGCUACAGUUUGUUGAGAGAUGUAGGAAGGAGAAAGGAAGCGUAGGCCAGAUGAUGGCACUUACAUUGGUUUACAUCUUAAUUGCUGCCAUUCCGGUGGCCUACUGCUAUCCUACUGCCUUCGAAAACUUGGAGGGAACUAGUACAAACCGAACCUCCAUUAAGUUCCUGGCUGUGGGAGACUGGGGUGGUGUGCCUUAUCCGCCCUACAUCACCGCCGUGCAGAAGAUGACUGCUCGAGAGAUGAGCAAAGUAGCAGAGCAGAUGGGAGCAGACUUUGUUCUAUCCCUUGGCGAUAACUUCUACUACAGAGGUGUGGACAGCGUGGACUCUCCCCGGUUUAAGGACACGUUUGAGACUGUGUACACGGCCAAGUCUCUCAAAGUCCCCUGGUAUGUGAUUGCUGGCAAUCAUGACCAUGCAGGGAACGUCAAAGCUCAGAUCGAGUACAGUAAGAAAUCUGACCGAUGGAAGUUCCCCUCUUACUAUUACGAGCUGAACUUCCGGAUCCCCAACACUGGGAAGACCCUGACCAUCAUCAUGCUUGACACCAUAAUGCUGUGCGGCAACUCGGAUGACUUCCUGGAUGAGAAGCCUCGAGGCCCGCUGUGUGCUGUGGAUGCCAACCGCCAGCUGAUGUGGCUGCAGGAGAGACUGGCUCGGUCCACUGCAGACUUCCUGUUGCUGGCCGGUCACUACCCCGUGUGGUCAGUGUCCGAACACGGGCCCACAGAGUGUCUACUGCAGAGGCUCCAUCCUCUCCUCAAAAAAUACAAUGCCACUGCUUACCUCUGCGGGCAUGACCACAACCUGCAGUAUAUUGAAGAGUCUGGCGUGGGCUACGUGGUGAGCGGGGCUGGAAACUUCCUGGAUCCUGAUGUCCGCCACUGGAACCAUGUUCCCAAAGGUUCUGUGAAGUUCUUCACGGGCCAAGCUUCAACCCUGGGAGGCUUCGUCCACGCAGAAGUCACCAAGAACAACAUGAUCCUGACCUUCUUCCAGGCUAAAGGCACGUCUCUCUACCGCACAGUCCUUAACCAAAGGAACUUUGAGUAGACCAGCUCAUAACAGGCACGGUCAAAUGGUCAGAUACAGACAAUAUAAGUCUGUAGUGUAGCUCCAGACCACAGAAAAGGCUCAUAACCCUGUGUUUUAAUAUUUGGAAUUAAUAUUUCAAUGCAAUUGAUAAUGUGUAUUUUAAAAGGGAAUAAACUAGUUUUACAUGUACAGUAAAUCUAUUGUUAAAAGAAAAAUAAUAAAUGUGUUUUGGUAAAGAA